CCCAUUUGCCCUCUUGUCCAAACGGAUAAAAAAUAGACAAUUCAUACAACUUGGAUCAUUGCGUCUGGGGUGUAUAUCUGGACAUCUCCCUGUGCGUAUCCCGGCCCUCCUCCGACAACGAAAAUGUGUUGUAAUGGCGAACCUCCCACCCCUGCAGCUGCAGUCAUUCACAUCACCGCGCAGACUCCCACUGCUGAACGGUUCCCUCGGCAGUGUCAACAGGACUUACCAGUAGCUUUCGCCGCAAUGGGCAAAUCUUUCCCUCUGAUCCAUUUCCUUUUGUCACUUCCCCGAACGUUGUCACAAUCUGCUGGCGCUAUGCGACCCAGUAGACUGAAAGCAUCUUCGCUGCCCUCCUCUAUCAGUGCGGCGCGAAGUUUCUGAGACUCGCUUUUGCGUCUCCCGCAGAGACCGCUAGAAGCUAAGAACUCGACGGAGGUCAGCGGAGUACCAUCGUACUCCCCUCCCACGGCCACAAGAUACUUAUCAUCGAUAACCGCAACUCCAUGAGCUGCCCGCGGCUGAUUCAGAGGCGGGGCCUCAUACCAGCUCAUCGUCCUGCGGUCGUAAAGAUAAGUAUCACCUUUCUCAAGAUGACCCUCUCCCCACCCCCAUCUGCCUGCCACUACCCAAAUAGUCUCGUCGAAGACGGCGGCAGCGAUGUGCUCAAGGUGCACUGGUGGGCCAUCCCUCUCACCCCACUCGUUGGUCGAAGGAUCGAACACCAUCAUCGAAGGGAUCGGGACGUCAGUGCUGAGGUCUUGCCGCACGCCGUCAUCUUGCAUGCCACCAAUCACGUUAGAUAAGGCCGUCAAGUGUGACCGCUGCUCCAGCCGCUCGUGUCUUGGGCAUGUCUGGCAGGUCCAUGAUGGUGUCUGUCGUAAUGUUAUACAGCCAAGCGCUGGCAGUAGCAUGGUCUCCCAGCUCCCCAUCAAUUCCUUUAUUAUAUAUACAGUACACUGCAGCAAUUUUCUCUCUGCAGAAAGUGUUGAGUCACCUCCAACGAUGACAAAGGCGUCAUCAGCCGGCGAGAGAUCAACACUUGCCAUGACAUGGUGUCGUGCUUCAGGGAGUGGAGACAGGUCAGUCCACUCGCUCGUUUCAGGAUCGAAGACCCUGAUCUGAUCCAUGGCCCGGCCUUCACUUCCGAUGUAUCCUGACCGAUGAAAACCAAGAAAUAUAGUGCAGAAGGGAUCCGCACAGCUCUCACCUCCGACAGCAUAUAUUUUGCCCUGAGCCAUCAAUGCCGCAUGAUCCCAGUAGUACGGAUACGGCAUUGAUGGCCCCUGUUGCCAUGACCCGCCGGUGAUAUUGCACGGGACGGAUGGGAGGGCCUUGAGGUGAACAGGCUCGGACAAGCCACUUAUCUUGGCAGCCCAGGACUCGCAGAUCAAGCCACGAGUCUGAGUCGGUUUCUUGCAAAACGCGAGGGGCGGCUCCAGCAUACCAGGGGACCGCACCUGCUGAGGACCGCAGAGGAGGGGACAAACAAAUAUCCCCAUGAUGAGCAAUGUUCCCACUUACCGAUCAGGUUAACAGCGAGAAGGGGUGUCAUCUGAUCAUUAUUGACCACCCCAACGGCUGUGCAACGGCUGGCAAGUUCCAUCCAAGCUUCGCUCGCGUCAGAAAUCCCUUUCAUGCGUGCUUGCUUGGCUCUUGGCCACCUCGCUCUGCG